ACGGGAGAAAAAAAGACGGGGACAGCAUUCCGCUUGCGCCCUGCCACGGCCCUGCCGCCUCCCGCCCCGCGCGAGGGAGAGACUUUGUGCGCGCGCCCCGGGGCAAAGCUAGUGCCAUCACUGUUCGGCGCGGUGGUCUCGGCGAAAGAAACAGACAGACAGAGCUUGGUGGAUAGAGGGGAGAGAGAGAGAGUGAGUGAGAGAGAGAGUAGGCGACAUCUCCAAUGGAGAGGGGAUGGUGGGGAUAAAGCGGUGCCUCUUCUUGCCCACAGUCACGGACGGCCAGCGGCGGCUCGGGGCGUCGCCAUUGAUGCGCCCAUUGCUCCCCUCGGCGCCGCCUGUUCUUGUGUGAUUGCUUCAGUUUGCACCACUAAACAGGAUGGAUGAGGUAGACUUCCUGGUGGGAAUAGGCAUGAAGGAGGAGGAUAUUGCAACAAUGCUGUUUGGAGAGAAAGUUGCUGAGCUGAGAGAAGACACAUUUGAUGGUUCUGAGCAGGAAAAACAAAUCCUUGAGGGCAUUUUUGGCAGCGGACAGACCACUUCGCUACCAGGCGCAAUCAAAGCAUUGGUACCAGCUAGCACACCAUCCAGCUCUGCAUCCAGCAACAGGAUGGUCUACUGCCGCAUAGUCGAGUCCUUUACUCACGGCAGCCUAUCAAGCUAUCAUGUCUUAUAUCAUAGUGCUAGUCAACAGAUGCAGAAUGCAAUGCUUUGUACAGAUCAUCAUGGCAGGCCUUCUGAAUGUGAACUCGUGGUACAAGAGACGCCACCUUCCGGUGAUCGGGUGUACACUCGCAGGGCUGUGAUACGCAGGAGCCAGAGAGCAAAACAAUGCAGUAUUCUGGAUUGGGAGAGAGUUGACAUUAACAGUGUGGUCGCACAGCGACGGGAUGGCCGUGGUGGCUUUGGAAUGCUCUGGAACCAUCUCCGGCUGCACGCACAUCUUCUGAUAAUGGACGCCGGGUGGAAGAUCGAGGGCAAGGAAAGGGGGGACAAGAGUAAGGUCGACCUCAUGUUCGAGUCGCCUGACAAAGAAAUCCGCCUAGCUUCUCUUCCUAAGGCUUGGAAAUGCUUUGGCCAGUGGUUGCUUAUUCAUUCGCCCCGAUUUGAUGGGAAUUACUAUGGAAAGGAAUGGUUCAACAUGUAUGAAUUUUGUUAUGAUUUGAAGAACACACUGUUAUGCUUAGAGCACGAGGUCCGGCGCCCGAAGCAAUCUCUAUCCUUCCUCCACCAGUGGCAGCUCCUCGAUCCUUUCAUGGCAGUAGUUUGCAUCGAUAAGAAGGUCGCAGCUCUGCGGAACGGAGUGGCACUGAAAGCUGUGAACAGCAGAGUUACAAUCCUCAAUUGCAGCGACAUUAAGCUGUUGAGUCGCUUGAGUCGCAGGAAUGUUAACAAGCCAGUUGCAAUUAAGUAUUCAAGCAACUAUAACGGCACACAUCCCAAGUCACGGAGAAGUCUUCUGCCGCUUCUUCUAUCUGAUGGCCAGCCUCACAAAGAGGAAAAUUCUCUGCACAAUGAGCAGUCUUUUAUAUUUGGAACAAGCAAGCAUAGCCAAUAUGAAGUGCAGCAAAGGUACUUGACCAUGGAAGAAAUGAAUGAAAGAAGCGUCAGAAAUAUUCCUCAUCGUAUAGUGAAAGGUUUCCAAGAUUCAACAGAGCCCAGCUCAAUGCCUAAUUGCUUUAGUACAAAAGGAGAAUUUCCAUACUCUAAAAUGGUUCAGGAUAUUCGAGAUGAGUCCGACCCACUAUAUUUCCCGCCUAGUUAUGCUUCAGAUCACCUGGUUGAAAAUGUGCAAAUCAAGGGUCCAAGUUCUCAUGCCGGUGAAGCGAUGGAAAUCGCCGCCGAUAUGGGUAACUCUGCAGACAGUCCUUCUGACGAGUUGCUCAUAAGACCAGACCUGCUGUUUUCUCACGAGGUGGAUGAGAUGAUCCUUGGAACGACAGAUGCUGUCAGCAGUGAACAUCAUGCUGCUGCAGUUGUCUCUGAUUACCAAGCAGGAAAUGAGGAUGUAAGGGGUGGACCUUCGUCUGGUACAUCAUCACUACUAGAAGAAAAGGAUGCACGCUUAGAAGCUAUCAGAGACGAUGUCAACAAUGAACAUGAUGUUGUUGUAACUGGAUUCCAAGCGGGAAAUGUACAUGUGAGGGAUGAACCUUCAGCUGGUGCAUUGUCUCUGUUAGCAGAAAAGGAUACACCCUUAGACGUUAUCAGAGAUGAUAUCAACAAUGAACACGAUGUUGUCGUUGUACCUGGAUUCCAAGUGGGAAAUGAUGAUGUAAGGGGUGGACCUUCCUCUGGUACACUGUCACUAUUAAAAGAGAAGGGUACAAACUUGGAAGCUAAAGACAUGAGCUUGGAACAGAUGACAAAAACAGGAUGGGUACCAUCUGGAGCCACUGGUGGCCCAUUGAAGAUCUCCGAACCACAAGUACUGUUUGUGUCCCCGCAAGACGGGAGACUCUCUUUCAUGAACAACAGUACAUUUAAUCAAGAGACGUUGAGUUGUCUUAAUUUUUCCCAUGAUAGCAUGGGGGCAAACAUGCAGCUGGACAUCCAGACAUCUGCCUAUGAAGCGAGCUUGAUUCAGGGAUUUUUAUAUCUUGAUAGUGAGGGUUCUCCAAUUGGUUGGGAAGUCACAAACCCAGAACCUCCUAACCAGUUGAUCUGUGGCCCUUCUUCUGAACCAAACUCAAAGGUGUCUGGACAUUGUGGUGAGCUGAACAUGCAGAAUGAAGCACGAACAUCUGAACAAAGGGAGAUAUCAGAGUCUGAUCCAAGUAAAAAUGGUCAAAAAAGGUCUGAGAAGGUUGCAGGUAUCAAUGAUGUCCGUAGAAAGAAACAGAGAGUAAAUAGUGUUCAUGCAAGUCAUUGUGCAAUUGGUAAGAAUAUGGACAUUACAACUGAGGUUCCAGCUAGCUGUGUAGUUCACAAUGGGAAAGAACAGAUAGGUGCAACAAGCAGUGAGCAUGCUUCUUCGAAUCAAAAAAGGUCACAGGAGGCUGCAGAUAUCCAAGACGAAGUUCGUGAAAAGAAACAGAAAGUAAAUGAUGGUCUUAUAAGCGACUCCAUAAUUGGUCAAUGCAUGGAUAGUAGUACAGCUGAGAAUCCUACUAGGUGUGUGACACGUUGUGAGGAAGUACAGAUAAGUGCAUCAAGUAGUGAGCAGGUCCCUUUGACUCUAGUGCCCCAAAUUAAAGAGCACAAGGAACAAGCUGAAGAUAGCAGUGAACCCCCAAAACAGCUCGUGUCAGAACAACCACCCAAAAAGGAUGUCAAAUUUCGAAAGAAACAACCAUGGAGGCGUAAAUGCAGGUUUGACGAGGAUGAUCUUUUGAUGACAGCUGUAAUACAUAGGCUGACCGCGCGUUACAGGAACCAUUAUAAUCGAAUGCUCAUAAAUAGAAUUGGCUUGAAAUCUCUUCCGAGGUCUCGCCUGGAGAAUGAAAAAAAAUGCGGCCGGCAGAAGUUCCCUAAAAGUGCAAGAACGGUGUUGAGCAAAUUACUUGAGAUGGGCAUUGUUUGUACAAUGAAUAUUCUCCAGUAUAGAAGGCCAGGACCUAAGAACGUGUUGAAAGAUGGGAACAUAACCGAGCAUGGCAUAAGGUGCCGGUGUUGUGACACCAUAUUUACAAUGUCCAACUUUAGGUGCCAUGCAGGUCUCAAACAAGAAACUCUGACCCUGAAUCUUUUCUUGGGUUCUGGUAAAUCUUACAGCCUAUGUCAGCUUCAAGCGUGGUUUAUAGAGCAGAAGAAGAGGAAAGAAAGUGCAAAAGAUACUAUGUCAGUACAAGCAGAUGAAAAUGAUGACACUUGUGGAUUAUGUGGUGAUGUCGGUGAACUAAUAUGCUGUGACAACUGCCCUGCUAGUUACCAUCAGGCCUGCUUGCCUUGUCAGGAAGUUCCAGAUGGCAGCUGGUAUUGCUCUAGUUGCCUGUGCAAUGUUUGUGGGGAAGUGGUCAAUUCAAAGGCGCCAGGAGGUCUCCUACAUGCUUUAGAAUGCUCACAGUGUGAAUAUCGAUAUCACGUAAAAUGCAUAUCUGGUAAAGUUGUGUGUGAUCAGAGAAGUGGACUUGGUACUUGGUUUUGUGAAAGAAGGUGCCAGCAGAUUUAUACGAGCAUGCGUUCUCGUGUUGGAAUGCCUGACCACCUCGAUGAUGGCUUUUCUUGCACCAUACUUCGUAAUAAUGAUGAUCAAAAGGUUCACUCGGCUUCAGACAUUGCUCUCCUGGCUGAGUGCAGCAUGAAAUUAAUUAUUGCUUUGAGUAUUUUGGAAGAAUGCUUCUUGCCCAUCUUCGACCCGAGGACAGGGGUAGACAUAAUGCCCCCUAUUGUGUAUAACUGGAGGUCGGACUUUGUACAUUUGGAUUACAAGGGGUUCUAUACUGUAGUCCUGGAAAAGGAUGACAACCUCCUUUCCGUGGCAUCCAUCAGGUUACAUGGCACAACUGUAGCAGAGAUGCCGCUAAUAGCUACUUGUUCUGAGAAUCGGCAACAGGGGAUGUGCAGGCAACUGGUGGAUUACAUUGAGGAGAUGCUGAAAUCACUGGAGGUGGAAAUGCUGCUUUUGUUCGCAAUUCCAAACCUAGUCGAUACAUGGACAUCAGCAUUCGGGUUCAGGCCGAUCGAAGACUGUGACAAGAAGAAGCUGAGCAAGGUCAGGCUGGUCUCGAUCCCUGGAACUGUUCUACUGAAGAAGGAUCUGUAUGAAAGAAGUUCAGAAACAGAGGCGGGUGAGCUGCGAACCGAACAGCAGCAGCCAUUGGAGGACACCGGACCGGUUUGCACAACGGAGACCAACCUCGCCGACGAACUAGGAGGCUCGGAGACCAACCCGCCCCUCGCCGAUCCUCCGUCUGCUGCUGCUCUCGGGAAAUGUCAUGUAGAUUAGUGCUUAGCGCUGAGUUGCGUUGCGCGAAUGUCCUUCACUAUGCUGACUGAGCCCUGAACAUCUACCAGGGAUCCGGCUUGAACUUCCGCUAGUGACAAUUAUGCACGUAUGCCCAAGGUUUCUUUUCUCCACUGCAGUGAAAGUCGAGACUCGAGAGCUAAUGUCUCCUCGCUUAGGGCGUGACAUUGACACGAUGGAAACGAGAUUUUCUCUGCUUGAAAAUAAGUUCCAGGCAUGGCAUUA